GUGGCCGCGGCAGCCGCUCCCCUUCAGCCCAGGCCCGGGUCCGGCUUGCAGGAACCGCCAACCUCCCCCUCGGCCAGCGUUGAGGCAGAUGCCCGGCCCGGCAGAGCUGCUAACUUUUCCCGAGGUCGGGCAACUCUGGCGAAAGAUCGACUUGGCCCCGGGGCGGCUCCUUUUUGUCCCCUCCGGGCUGAAUGACUUUUUCUGAAGCGGACGUUUCCCUGAACCCGGGUGGGAGCACAGGGCAGACGAUGCUGGACGCGAUGGAGGCGCCGGGCCACUCCAGACAGCUGCUGCUGCAGCUCAACAGCCAGCGCACCAAAGGCUUCCUUUGCGACGUGAUCAUCGUGGUGCAGAACGCGCUCUUCCGGGCCCACAAGAACGUGCUGGCGGCCAGCAGCGCCUACCUCAAGUCCUUGGUGGUGCACGACAACCUGCUUAACCUGGACCAUGACAUGGUCAGCCCCGCCGUCUUCCGCCUCGUCUUGGACUUCAUCUACACCGGCCGCCUGGCCGACGGCGCGGAUGGCGGCGCUGCGGCCGCGGCCCCCGGGGCAGAGCCCAGCCUGGGCGCAGUGCUGGCCGCCGCCAGCUACCUGCAGAUCCCGGACCUUGUGUCCCUGUGCAAAAAGCGCCUCAAACGCCACGGCAAGUACUGCCACCUGCGCGGGGCCGGGGCCGGGGGCGGCUACGCACCCUACGGCCGGCCGGGUCGUGGCCUUCGGGCUACUACACCAGUCAUCCAGGCCUGCUACCCCGGCGGUGCGCCCUCCGGGCCUCCGCCGCCGCCUGCCUCGGCCGCAGAGCUGCCCCCAGGAGCCGAGGCACCAGUCAACACCCACUGCGCCGAGCUGUACGCCUCGGGCCCCGCACCCCCGCAGCCGCAGCCGCCGCCGCCACCGCCUCCGCCGUCGUCGCUGUGCGCCCCGGAGCGCCGCUGCUCCCCGCUUUGUGGCCUAGACCUGUCCAAGAAGAGUCCCCCGGGCUCCGCGGCCGGGCUCGAGAGGCCGCACCCCGGGGAGCGCGAGCGGGAAGCGCCCUCGCGCCACGACAGCAGCCCCCCUGGGGCCGCCUACAAGGAGCCGCCACUCUCUCUGGCCCUGCCUUUGCCGCUGCCGCUGCCUCUGCCCUUCCAGAAGAUGGAGGAGGCUGGGCAGCCCCUCGACCCGUUCCGACCUGGGGGCAGCCCCGGGCCUGAGCCCCCCGGCCGGCCCGACGGGCCCGCGCUACUCUACCGCUGGAUGAAGGCCGAGCCGGGCCUGGGUAGCUACGGGGAUGAGCUCGGCCGGGCCCGCGGCUCCCCCGGGGAGCGCGGCGGGCUUGAAGAGCCUGCAGACGAGGGGGACUCGCCCGGGGGCCCGCCGCUGCCCCUGCCACCGCCGCCCCGCUACCCGGGAGUGGGCCUGGACGGGCCUGGGCCCGACGCGGACGACUACAAGAGCAGCAGCGAGGAGACCGGCAGCAGCGAGGAGCCGAGCCCGGGCGGGGGCCACCUGGCCCGCUACCACUGCCCUCACCUGGCCUACGGGGAGCCAGAGAGCUUCGGGGACAACCGCUACGUGUGCAUCCCGUGCGACAAGGGCUUCCCCAGCUCCGAGCAGCUCAACGCGCACGUCGAGGCGCACGUGGAGGAGGAGGAAGCGCUGUACGAGCGGGCAGAGGCUGCCGAAGAGGCGGCCGUGGGCGCCGCGGGCCUGGGGCCCCCUUUCGGCGGGGGCGGGGGCGGGGACAAGGGGCCCGGGGGCCCGGGGGGCCUGGGCGAGCUGCUGCGGCCCUACCGCUGCGCCUCGUGCGACAAGAGCUACAAGGACCCGGCCACCCUCCGGCAGCACGAGAAGACCCACUGGCUGACGCGGCCUUACCCCUGCACCAUCUGCGGCAAGAAGUUCACGCAGCGCGGGACCAUGACCCGCCACAUGCGCAGCCACCUGGGCCUCAAGCCUUUCGCUUGCGACGCGUGCGGCAUGCGCUUCACUCGCCAGUACCGGCUCACGGAGCACAUGCGCAUCCACUCCGGGGAGAAGCCCUACGAGUGCCAGGUGUGCGGGGGCAAGUUCGCGCAGCAGCGCAACCUCAUCAGCCACAUGAAGAUGCACGCCGUGGGCGCGGGCGGCGGCGCGGCCGGGGCGCUGGCGGGCCUCGGCGGCCUACCGGGCGCGCCCGGCCCCGACGGCAAAGCCAAGCUCGACUUCCCCGAGGGCGUCUUCGCGGUGGCCCGGCUCACGGCGGAGCAGCUGGGCCUCAAGCAGCAGGACAAGGCGGCGGCGGCCGCCGAGCUACUGGCCCAGACCACGCACUUCCUGCACGACCCCAAAGCGGCGCUCGAGAGCCUCUACCCGCUGGCCAAGUUCACGGCCGAGCAGCUGGGGCUGAGCCCGGACAAGGCGGCAGAGGUGCUGAGCCAGAGCGCGCACCUGGCGGGGGGGCCCGACGGCCGGACCAUUGACCGCUUCUCCCCCACUUAAAAGGCCCUGAGCGGGGACUGCACUGCGCCCCCCUCGCCGGCUAGGGUGGGAAACGGCUGGGAGGGACGGCAGCGACUGCAACGAGCAACCGAGGCAGCCCCCCCUUCUGCCCUCCCCGGCCACACCAGGCGGAACCGUUUUGUGCCUUAACCCGGGCGAGGGGGGGGCCCCGGGAGUGGGACGGGGUGGGGGGAAGGGGAGAUUUCUAUUUUUGAUAAUCGCUUCAACCAAAGGAGACCCCGGCCCUUCCCCGCCCCCACGCCGCGGCCCCGGCCGCGCCUCUUCCUGUGGUUCCUGUGCCCCCUCUCCCCGCUCCCGAUCCCGGGAGCUGACUGGCCCCUGAGCUGCUACAGCCGCCGCGCUGGGGUUCACUGUGGGGGCGCUCCCCGCCCUACCUCCGGCCACUGCGUCUGCACCCGUUCUCACUGUGAAUCAAUCGGCGCCAGGGCCAGGGCAAUGGGGGGCGGGGGAGGACUGAGCCGGCCCGGGGGUGCCCCCGCCCCCGCCCUGGGACCGAUAAUGUGAAGUUCCUCAUUUUGCACAAGUGGCACCAGCCCCCGGGGCCCACUUCGGAGGGAGGAGCCCCCCAGAGCCGUCUCCCACCUCCCUUCACCUCCCCUUUCUCGGGCUCGGGGCGAUAUUUAUUGCAUGCGUCCCGGGCCGCCGCGUCCUCGCGCCCUCCCCAUCUCGGGUUUGUAUAUUUCUUACCGUGUACACAGGCUCUCCCCGAGCCGCUUCCAUUUUCUAUACUCGAACCAAACAGCAAUAAAGCAGUAACCGAG